AUGAUAUUGGAAUCAUUAUCCAAUGAGUUAUUUAUUGAAUUAUUCGCAUUAUUUGAUGUAGUUGACCUCUUUCGUGCUUUUUAUGGGCUGAACACUCGCUUUAAUUCUUUAUUAAUUCAUCUUCGACGGUAUCGUAUCGAUUUUCGUUCAAUAUUUAAAGGAGAUUUCUGUCGAACAUAUCUUCCACUUAUAAUAAAUCGAACAAUUUAUCUUCGAUUCUUCGAUAAGGAAGACGCGCCAUAUCAAUGUGCUCAUUUUCAAUCUGCUGGUUUCACAUUUGGCCAAUUUGAUAAUCUUCGGUAUUUAACAUUGGAAAAUAUUAAUUUGAGUUUACAGUUUAACCAAUAUUUCUUUUCCGAUUUAUAUCAUCUUCAUAAUUUGACACAUCUGAAAUUUAUUGAUUGCCGAAUGCAAGGCAUUUUUUUCGAUGCUUUUCAAGAUGUAAUUGAUCAAAUUUGGAAUUUACCGAAACUGACACAUUGCUAUUUUGAUUUCUGCUUUUGUGGUAUAAGUCAUUUUUAUAUUCCUACUUCCGUAUCAACAUCGUUGCAAUACUUAACAAUUCUUGGUAAUUGGUGGUAUUCAAGUAAAUUUGACGGUUUAUUAAAGAAGACAUCACAAUUACGAACAUUUGCCGUAUCAUUGCAAACCUUACAGGUAGAUGAGAUACCUUCUCUUUAUGGAUUUAUUCCAUCGUUUAAGAAUCUAUCUGUUAAAAGACUCAUUCUAUAUAAAGUAGAUACACAACGUCUAAUGAUUAAUUUAUUUCAAUUAUUACCCAAUGUUAAUCAACUGAAAGUUGAAAUAUUCUCUAUAAAGUUAGAUGGAAAUCAAUGGGAACAAAUCAUUGUUAAUUAUUUACCACAAUUAAAAGUUUUCCAAAUGAAAAUGAAUACUGAUCUUUGUCCUUCAACUGAUAAUCAGAGAAACGAAGAAGAAAUCGAUCAAUUUCUCGCGACAUAUCGUACACCAUUUUGGAUCGAACAUCAUCAAUGGUUUAUUCGAUGUCAUUGGGGAGUAUCGAUGGAGAAUGUUCGUAUGUGUGUUUAUUCGUUACCUUAUAAAUUUGGUGAUUCUCUUAUUUACGAUAAGGAACUAUUGGAUAAGACAAAAUCAACUUGUCUAGGUGUAUAA